AGAGAGAGAGAGAGAGAGAGAGUUAUGAAGAUCAUACUUUGUUGACAUCUUCUUCUUCUUCUUCUUUAGAGAUUAGAUUUCAUCUGUUUCAGUUUGUUCUUCAACCGACCGAAAAAACGCUUAGUAUCCUAUAGAAGUUAUAUCGUUUCAUAUUCUAUUCUGAUUCAAAUUACAGUCAUUACGGUUCAAUUUUGAGUAAAGAAAUCAAUAUUCCAUAUUGGGUCUUGCUGAAGGAAGGGUUUUUUCUGCAAAAAACGAUCUAUGAAGAGACUUAAGCCAUCCAGAUGGCCGGGGAUUCAAAGAAAGACAUUGAAACAGCUGCCAUUUAUGGGAAUCAUUUGUAUAGUUAUGUUCUUCAUUGUGUAUAGGUUAACAAAUCAUCAAUUCUCACAUACAUCGAUAGAGAGAUUAUACCCAUUUGAACAGGAACAUGAUAUGUUUUCUGCAAGUUUGAAGAACUUACCAAUUGGAAUCAUUCAAUCGGUGUCGGAUUUGGAAAUGAAACCUUUGUGGUCAAAUCUUAGAUCAAGGGCAAAGGUGUCUAAGUCACAGAACUUGCUAGCAAUUCCAGUUGGUAUAAAGCAAAAGAAAAUUGUCGAUAAUGUUGUUCAGAAGUUUCUUGCAGAGAAUUUUACCGUUAUGUUGUUUCACUAUGAUGAUAACGUGAAUGAAUGGAGCAACCUCAAGUGGAGUAAGAACGCCAUUCAUGUGUCAGCUUAUAAUCAAACAAAAUGGUGGUUUGCAAAGCGGUUUCUGCAUCCUUCUGUUGUUUCCGUUUAUGAAUACUUAUUUCUCUGGGAUGAAGAUCUGGGAGUUGAAAAUUUUCACCCUGGGAGAUAUUUGCAUAUUGUGAGAUCAGAAGGACUUGAGAUAUCCCAACCGGCUUUAGAUCCAAUUUCGACGGGCAUACAUCACAAGAUUACAGUAAGGAGGAGAAUGAAUAAGUUCCACAGAAGAUUAUGGGAUGGAAGAGGCAGUUCAAACUGUUCUGAAACUAGUGAGGAACCACCAUGUACUGGAUUUGUGGAAGGAAUGGCACCAGUGUUUUCAAGAUCUGCAUGGAAAUGUGUUUGGAAUCUUAUACAGAAUGAUCUUGUUCAUGGUUGGGGGGUCGAUAUAAAACUUGGGUAUUGUGCACAGGGAGAUCGAACAAAAAAUGUCGGUAUUGUUGAUAGUGAAUAUGUUCUUCACCAGGGUAUACAAAGUUUGGGUGAUUUUAAUAAUAGCAAGGUUAGAAAUAUUAGAUUGUGUUUCAUUUAAGUGACCUGGUGAAAACAAAA